AUAUCAUUCUCUCUCUCAAACCCUAAUAAAAAUUUCACAUUAUUUUCUUCCGAGAGAGAGAAAAUUUAUUUUUAUUUUAAUUAAUUAAAACAAAAGAAUGGCCGGCAAAGGUGAAGGACCAGCGAUCGGGAUAGAUUUAGGAACGACAUAUUCAUGUGUCGGUGUCUGGCAACACGACCGUGUUGAGAUUAUUGCUAAUGAUCAAGGAAACAGAACGACGCCGUCUUAUGUUGCCUUUACUGAUUCUGAAAGGUUGAUUGGUGAUGCUGCCAAGAAUCAAGUUGCCAUGAACCCCACCAACACUGUUUUUGAUGCAAAGCGUCUCAUCGGCAGAAGGUAUUCUGAUGCCUCUGUCCAAAGUGACAUCAAGCUAUGGCCGUUCAAGGUCACCUCCGGCCCAGCUGAGAAGCCCAUGAUUGCUGUCAACUACAAGGGUGAGGAGAAGACCUUUGCCGCUGAGGAGAUUUCCUCUAUGGUUCUUAUCAAGAUGAAGGAAAUUGCCGAAGCUUUCCUUGGUACAACUGUGAAGAACGCUGUUGUUACAGUUCCUGCUUACUUCAAUGACUCACAGCGUCAAGCUACAAAGGAUGCCGGUGUCAUCUCUGGUCUUAAUGUUAUGCGUAUCAUUAAUGAGCCAACUGCUGCUGCCAUUGCUUAUGGUCUUGACAAGAAGGCAACAAGCGUCGGUGAGAAGAAUGUUCUUAUCUUUGAUCUUGGUGGUGGUACCUUUGAUGUCUCUCUUUUGACCAUUGAAGAGGGUAUUUUUGAGGUUAAAGCCACAGCCGGAGACACCCAUCUUGGUGGUGAAGAUUUUGAUAACAGAAUGGUGAACCACUUUGUUCAAGAAUUCAAGAGAAAGCACAAGAAGGAUAUUACUGGAAACCCAAGAGCUCUUAGGAGGUUGAGAACAUCUUGUGAAAGAGCAAAGAGAACUCUCUCAUCCACUGCCCAAACCACCAUUGAAAUCGACUCGCUAUAUGAAGGUGUUGACUUUUACUCAACCAUCACCCGUGCUAGAUUUGAGGAGCUUAACAUGGAUUUGUUCAGAAAGUGUAUGGAGCCCGUUGAGAAGUGUUUAAGAGAUGCUAAGAUGGACAAGAGCUCUAUUGAUGAUGUUGUCCUUGUCGGUGGUUCCACCAGAAUUCCCAAAGUUCAACAGCUACUUCAAGACUUCUUCAACGGAAAGGAGCUUUGCAAGAGCAUCAACCCUGAUGAGGCCGUUGCCUAUGGUGCCGCUGUCCAAGCUGCUAUCUUGAGCGGUGAGGGCAACGAGAAGGUCCAAGACUUGCUUCUUUUGGAUGUUACUCCUCUAUCUCUUGGUCUUGAAACCGCUGGAGGUGUCAUGACUGUUCUCAUUCCAAGAAACACCACCAUCCCAACCAAGAAGGAACAGGUGUUCUCUACUUACUCUGACAACCAGCCCGGUGUGUUGAUCCAAGUGUAUGAAGGUGAAAGGACCAGAACCAGGGAUAACAACUUGUUGGGCAAGUUUGAGCUUUCUGGAAUUCCCCCAGCUCCUCGUGGUGUUCCUCAGAUUACUGUCUGCUUUGACAUUGAUGCCAAUGGUAUCCUUAAUGUCUCAGCUGAAGACAAGACCACCGGACAGAAGAACAAGAUCACCAUCACUAACGACAAGGGUAGACUCUCAAAGGAAGAGAUCGAGAAGAUGGUUCAAGAAGCUGAGAAGUACAAGUCCGAGGAUGAGGAGCACAAGAAGAAGGUUGAGGCCAAGAACGCUUUGGAGAACUAUGCAUACAACAUGAGGAACACAGUGAAGGAUGAGAAGAUUGGUGAGAAGUUGAGCCCUGGUGACAAGAAGAAGAUCGAGGACGCCAUUGAUGAGGCCAUUGCAUGGUUGGACAGCAACCAGCUUGCUGAGGCCGAUGAGUUUGAAGACAAGAUGAAGGAACUCGAGAAUGUUUGCAACCCAAUCAUUGCCAAGAUGUACCAAGGAGGAGCUGGUGGUGAUGCCGGUAUGGAUGAUGAGCCUGCACCAUCAGGUGGCGGUGCUGGUCCCAAGAUUGAGGAGGUCGACUAAGUGUGUGGUCGACAUUUUAUCUCUAUUCAGUUUUUGUUAGUUUGUUAUAGCACCGCAUGUUCAGGGUGCUUGUGAUACAAUAUUAUGUUUUUAAUACCUCUGUUUUGUUGGGGGUGAUUUUGUUAGGCUUUUAUGCCUUUUGGAUAUUUCUAUGGAUCACUUAUUUUCAAGCA